UUCUAAAUUUGCAAAUGGUCCAAUGAAAUUAAUCUUGUCAGAAUAUUAAGUCUUUUAUUGUGAAGUACACCCACGUACAACAACCCGGAAGUUCGGUUUAAACUGCAGUCAGUCAACCACUCGGCGGCGUGUUGUAGCUUCGUGAUGUCUAAGUUCAAAACAGUUAUUUGGCCUACAGUCAUUUUAUUUGGCGACUCCAUCACACAGUUUUCCUUUCAAGUGAAUGGCUGGGGAGCAGAUAUUGCUGACAAGUUAGCAAGAAAGUGUGAUGUUGUGAACAGAGGACUGUCUGGCUACAACUCCAGAUGGGCCAAGAUUGUUCUUCCUCGCCUCAUCAGCAGCCAGAGUUCAGCAGAAAACAACAACAUAGCGGCUGUCACCGUCUUCUUUGGAGCCAAUGACUGCGCACUCGAAGAUAAAAACCCACAGCAGCAUGUACCUCUGCACGAGUAUUCAGAGAACCUGAAGGAGAUCACCGGGCUUCUGGCCGCGGCCGGAGUGUCGGCAGACAGAGUCAUCUUCAUCACCCCACCGCCUAUUUAUGAGCCGGCCUGGGAGAAGGAGUGCAUUUUGAAAGGAUGUCCUCUCAACCGCCACAACUCUGUAGUGGGACAAUAUGCUCAGGCCUGUGUCCAGGCAGCUGCUCAGUGCAGUACAGACGUCCUGGACCUUUGGACACUCAUGCAGAAAGAUGGACAGGAUUACUCGGUCUACUUGUCUGAUGGUCUGCACCUCUCUGAGAAGGGAAACCAGUUUGUGGCCCAGCACCUGUGGAGGCUGCUCCAGAGCAGAGUGGCCGACCUGCCCUUCAUCCUGCCGUACUGGGGAGACGUGGACGCCAAGAGCCCCGAGAGCAGUCUGCUCUGUGACCAGUGAACGAGUGAAUGUCGGGGACAGUAGUCGAAGGGAAAAUGAUCUGGACUGUCUGCUCUGUUCUGCCAAUCCUGCAACCAAACACUUGAUCAUUUGUUAAUGUUAAAACAUUAAAAGGGUUUUAUUUAGAGAAGUGCGUAGGUGAUACAAGCAAGAUACUUAAAAAAAAAGAACAUUGUGAGUGAAGAAACAUUACAUAUAAACAUGACUUAAACAGGAAACGGCAAGACGGCGCUAAACAAGAGAAGAAGAUGCUAUAAUUCACAUUGGCACGAGAACAGUUCAAAUUCGACGUUGCCUCAGUUCUGUUCCGUCAACCUUCUUGUUUAUUUUUCACAGAAACACUGUAAUAGGCCAGAAACAGCAAUAGUAAGAGGCACUAUGUUCUUUCAUACAGGAAUCAAUCAAUCACAAUAAAAUAACAAGCAACAGUAACAUUUGCUUUACGUGUUCAUGCUAAACAGACUACGACUUUGUAGUAGAAAGCGGUCAAAUAGACAAAAAUAAUACACAUACACGUUUAAAACUUAAAAAGCCAACUUUCUGGUAAUGUGAAAAAACAAACAAAAAAACUUCAAGUGCUGUUGUGACUCAGAUUUCAUUAUUAAAAAAAAGGAGAAAAAGAUUUUUGAGUCAAGUAUCCAUUUGCUUAACAUCCCUCUGAAAUGUGUCCCUUUAUGGGGGAAAAUAACCACGACGACAACAUUAUUAAUAUCAUAACAUGUUUGACCUGUUAGAAGUGUUAGUAGAGCAAAGCUG